AUGGUAGACAGAAGGAGGUGCUACACUCAGGAGAGACAGAGGAUGGUAGACAGAAGGAGGUGCUACACUCAGGAGAGACAGAGGAUGGUAGACAGAAGGAGGUGCUACACUCAGGAGGAACAGAGGAUGGUAGACAGAAGGAGACAGAAGGAGGUGCUACACUCAGGAGGAACAGAGGCUGUUAGACAGAAGGAGGUGCUACACUCAGGAGGAACAGAGGAUGGUAGACAGAAGGAGGUGCUACACUCAGGAGGAACAGAGGAUGUUAGACAGAAGGAGGUGCUACACUCAGGAGAGACAGAGGAUGGUAGACAGAAGGAGGUGCUACACUCAGGAGGAACAGAGGAUGUUAGACAGAAGGAGGUGCUACACUCAGGAGGAACAGAGGAUGGUAGACAGAAGGAGGUGCUACACUCGGGAGGAACAGAGGAUGGUAGACAGAAGGAGGUGCUACACUCAGGAGGAACAGAGGAUGUUAGACAGAAGGAGGUGAUACACUCAGGAGAGACAGAGGAUGGUAGACAGAAGGAGGUGCUACACUCAGGAGGAACAGAGGAUGGUAGACAGAAGGAGGUGAUACACUCAGGAGGAACAGAGGAUGGUAGACAGAAGGAGGUGAUACACUCAGGAGAGACAGAGGAUGGUAGACAGAAGGAGGUGCUACACUCAGGAGAGACAGAGGAUGGUAGACAGAAGGAGGUGCUACACUCAGGAGGAACAGAGGAUGGUAGACAGAAGGAGGUGCUACACUCAGGAGGAACAGAGGAUGUUAGACAGAAGGAGGUGCUACACUCAGGAGGAACAGAGGAUGGUAGACAGAAGGAGGUGCUACACUCAGGAGGAACAGAGGAUGUUAGACAGAAGGAGGUGAUACACUCAGGAGAGACAGAGGAUGGUAGACAGAAGGAGGUGCUACACUCAGGAGAGACAGAGGAUGGUAGACAGAAGGAGGUGCUACACUCAGGAGAGACAGAGGAUGGUAGACAGAAGGAGGUGCUACACUCAGGAGGAACAGAGGAUGUUAGACAGAAGGAGGUGCUACACUCAGGAGGAACAGAGGAUGGUAGACAGAAGGAGGUGCUACACUCAGGAGAGACAGAGGAUGGUAGACAGAAGGAGGUGCUACACUCAGGAGAGACAGAGGAUGUUAGACAGAAGGAGGUGCUACACUCAGGAGGAACAGAGGAUGGUAGACAGAAGGAGGUGCUACACUCAGGAGAGACAGAGGGUGGUAGACAGAAGGAGGUGCUACACUCAGGAGGAACAGAGGAUGUUAGACAGAAGGAGGUGCUACACUCAGGAGGAACAGAGGAUGGUAGACAGAAGGAGGUGCUACACUCAGGAGGAACAGAGGGUGGUAGACAGAAGGAGGUGCUACACUCAGGAGAGACAGAGGAUGGUAGACAGAAGGAGGUGCUACACUCAGGAGGAACAGAGGAAGGUAGACAAAAGGAGGUGCUACACUCAGGAGGAACAGAGGAUGGUAGACAGAAGGAGGUGCUACACUCAGGAGGAACAGAGGAUGGUAGACAGAAGGAGGUGCUACACUCAGGAGGAACAGAGGAUGGUAGACAGAAGGAGGUGCUACACUCAGGAGGAACAGAGGAAGGUAGACAGAAGGAGGUGCUACACUCAGGAGGAACAGAGGAUGGUAGACAGAAGGAGGUGCUACACUCAGGAGGAACAGAGGAAGGUAGACAAAAGGAGGUGCUACACUCAGGAGGAACAGAGGAUGGUAGACAGAAGGAGGUGCUACACUCAGGAGGAACAGAGGAUGGUAGACAGAAGGAGGUGCUACACUCAGGAGGAACAGAGGAUGGUAGACAGAAGGAGGUGCUACACUCAGGAGAGACAGAGGAUGGUAGACAGAAGGAGGUGCUACACUCAGGAGGAACAGAGGAUGUUAGACAGAAGGAGGUGCUACACUCAGGAGGAACAGAGGAUGGUAGACAGAAGGAGGUGCUACACUCAGGAGAGACAGAGGGUGGUAGACAGAAGGAGGUGCUACACUCAGGAGGAACAGAGGAUGGUAGACAGAAGGAGGUGCUACACUCAGGAGGAACAGAGGAUGGUAGACAGAAGGAGGUGCUACACUCAGGAGAGACAGAGGAUGGUAGACAGAAGGAGGUGCUACACUCAGGAGGAACAGAGGAUGGUAGACAGAAGGAGGUGCUACACUCAGGAGGAACAGAGGAUGUUAGACAGAAGGAGGUGCUACACUCAGGAGGAACAGAGGAUGGUAGACAGAAGGAGGUGCUACACUCAGGAGAGACAGAGGGUGGUAGACAGAAGGAGGUGCUACACUCAGGAGAGACAGAGGAUGGUAGACAGAAGGAGGUGCUACACUCAGGAGAGACAGAGGAUGUUAGACAGAAGGAGGUGCUACACUCAGGAGGAACAGAGGAUGGUAGACAGAAGGAGGUGCUACACUCAGGAGGAACAGAGGAUGGUAGACAGAAGGAGGUGCUACACUCAGGAGGAACAGAGGAUGGUAGACAGAAGGAGGUGCUACACUCAGGAGGAACAGAGGAUGACACCUCCACAGACUGUAACUCCCUUUGUUCUGUGGAACAUAAAGUAACUAAGUAG